GCCAACUGCAGCUGGGACCGAGUGAUCACAGACAGGCCUGACAAGGAGGCGGGGCCGUCCAUCCCAGGAGCCGAGACGGACUCUGCCUCAGAAUGUACCCCAGAAACUGACUCUGCCGCCACCUGUGGCUCGGAGAAUAGCAACAUGGCGACAGGGAGUGCCCAGGGCCCCUUCACUGGACACACUAAGAAGACCAAUGGCAAUAAUGGCACCAACGGCGCACUCGUCCAAAGCACUUCUAAUCAGAGUCCCCUCAGAUCAGGCGGAGCCGGCGGGAAUGGGAACUCGGCCCGCGUGUGGGGCGUAGCCACAGGCUCCAGCUCGGGCCUCACUCACUGCUCCCUCAGUGGUGGGGAUGGAAAAAUGGACAACAUGAUUGGCGAUGGCAGAAGUCCGAACUGCUGGGGUGCUUCCAACUCCAAUGCUGGCAUGAAUCUUAACCUUAAUCCCAAUGCCAACCCAGCCGCCUGGCCUGUACUCGGACAUGAAGGAACUGUGGCAACAGGCAACCCUUCCAGUAUUUGCAGCCCAGUCAGUGCCAUAGGUCAGAACAUGGGCAGCCCCAAUGGGAAGCCAACAGGCACUUUAGGUGCUUGGGGCAACUUGCUGCCACAGGAGAGCACAGAGCCACCAACGUCCGCGUCUCAGAAUGUGUCUUUCAGCGUACAACCUCAGAACCUUAACUCUGAUGGGCCAAAUAACACUAACCCCAUGAACGCUUCCCCAAGCCCUGUCAAUGCAAUGCAGACAAACGGACUGCCAAACUGGGGGAUGGCUGUUGGUAUGGGGGCCAUCAUGCCGCCCCACCUGCAAGGCCUUCCUGGUGCUAACGGAUCCUCAGUUUCCCAAGUCAGUGGGGGCGGUGGUGAAGGAAUGAGCAGUUCUGUGUGGGGGCUGUCCCCGGGGAACCCUGCCACAGGAAAUAGCAAUUCUGGGUUCAACCAGGGGAAUGGAGACACUGUGAACUCAGCAUUAAGUGCUAAACACAAGGGCUCCAGCUGUGCUGUGCAGAAGGAAGGCAGCGGAGGCAAUGCCUGGGAUUCCGGACCGCCCGCUGGUCCUGGAAUCCUAGCCUGGGGCCGGGGCAGUGGCAACAAUGGAGCGUGGGGCCACCCCAGCCGGAGCACCUCCAAUGGUGUCAAUGGGGAGUGGGGGAAGCCCCCAAACCACCAUUCCAGUAAUGACAUCAAUGGGAAAGGAUCAACAGGGUGGGACAAUCCUAGUGUUAGCAGCCAGAGUCCUGCCAUGCAGCCUGGCAGCGACCAGAUGAACUCUUGGGCCAAAGCUGCAUCUUCUGGAGCGAGCACAGCCGAAGGAAGUCAGGAGGCUUCUGGUCAUCACAACGAAGGAAGCACUGGGCGGGAAGGAGCCGGAGAGGGCCGCCGGCGAGACAAGGGGGUUGUAGACCAAGGGCACAUCCAAUUGCCAAGGAAUGAUCUUGACCCAAGAGUCCUGUCGAACACUGGCUGGGGACAGACUCCUGUAAAGCAAAACACUGCCUGGGAUUUUGAAGAAUCCCCUAGGUCUGAGAGAAAGAAUGACAAUGGGACAGAGGCCUGGGGGUGCGCAGCUGCUCAGCCUUCGAACUCAGGGGGGAAGAGCGAUGGGUCCAUCAUGAACAGUACAAAUACCUCUUCAGUAUCUGGGUGGGUCAGCUCACCCCCCGCUGCUGCGCCAGCAAACACCGGUUGGGGAGACAGCAACAACAAAGCAUCCAAUGGCCCAGGGGUCUGGGGGGACUCAAUAAGCUCUACUGCUGUUACUGCUGCUGCGGCCGCUGCUACCAAGAGCGGCCAUGCCUGGAGUGGGACCGUCAGUCAGGAAGACAAGUCUCCCACCUGGGGGGAGCCUCAGAAACCCAAAUCUCAGCACUGGGGGGACGGGCAGAAACCCAGCCCCUCCUGGAGUGCAGGAGGGGGCGACUGGACUGACUCGGCAUCCGUCCUGGGGCACCUGGGGGACAGGAAGAAAGAUAGCUCUGGCUGGGAGGCAGACAACAACAGGUCAGCUUCCGGUUGGAAUGAUGCUCCGAGGUCUGGGACCAGUGGAUGGGGUAAUGGCACCAAUGCAAAGGUGAAUCCAGGUACCAACUGGGGGGAGUCUUUAAAGCCUGGCCCCCAACAGAACUGGGCUAACAAACCCCAAGACAGCAAUGUGAGUAACUGGGGAGGGGCUGCUUCGGUGAAACAGACUGGGACCGGGUGGAUUGGGGGGCCAGUACCCAUCAAACAGAAGGAUAGCAGUGAGGCCACUGGCUGGGAGGAACCUUCUCCACCCUCCAUUCGACGCAAAAUGGAAAUCGAUGAUGGUACCUCAGCUUGGGGUGACCCAAGCAACUACAACAAUAAAACGGUAAACAUGUGGGACAGAAACAACCCGGUCAUCCAGAGUAGUACAACCACCACCACCACCACCACCACCACCAGUAACAGCGCAAACAUGGUGGAGACCCCGCCGACACACCAGGCCAGCACGCAGCUUAACCGAUCGCCUCUGCUCGGUCCAGGUACGAAGGUGUCCUCAGGCUGGGGAGAAAUGCCAAAUGUUCAUUCAAAGGCAGAAAACGCCUGGGGAGAGCCAGCCUCCCCAUCGACCCUGGUGGACAACGGCACCGCAGCGUGGGGGAAGCCCCCCAGCAGUGGCAGUGGAUGGGGCGACCACCCUGCUGAGCCAUCAGUGACCUUUGGACGAGCCGGCGGCCCUGCUGCUGCCCCAGCCCUGUGCAAACCAGCUUCAAAAUCUAUGCAAGAAGGUUGGGGCAGCAGCGGGGACGAAGUGAACCUCAGCACCAGUCAGUGGGAAGAUGAAGACGGAGACAUGUGGAGCAAUGCUGCCUCCCAGGACAACGCCUCCUCCUGCAGCUCCUGGGGCAAUGCCCCCAAAAAAGGGCUUCAAAAGGGCAUGAAGACGUCCACCAAGCAGGACGACACCUGGAUCCUGACGCGGCUCAUCAAACAGCUCACGGACAUGGGCUUCCCGAGAGAGCCAGCCGAAGAGGCCUUGAAGAGCAACCAUCUGAAUCUCGAUCAGGCCAUGAGCGCUCUGCUGGAAAAGAAGGUGGACAUGGACAAGCGUGGACUGGGAGUGACCGACUAUAAUGGCAUGGUCACCAAACCCCUUGGCUGCCGCCCACCAAUCUCCAAAGAGUCUUCCGUGGACCGCCCCACCUUUCUGGACAAGGACGGCGGCCUCGUGGAAGAGCCCACUCCUUCACCAUUUUUGCCUUCACCAAGCCUGAAGCUCCCCCUUUCAAACAGCGCGCUCCCUGGUCAGACCCUGGGUGGGCUUGCCUCCGGGCUGGGCAUGCAAAACUUGAAUUCUUCUAGACAGAUACCGAGUGGCAAUCUGGGUAUGUUUGGCAAUAGCGGAGCCGCACAAGCCAGGACCAUGCAACCACCGCAGCAAGCGCCACCUCUCAACUCCUCCCAGCCCGGUCUCCGUGCUCAAGUGCCUCAGUUUCUAUCCCCUCAGGUUCAAGCACAGCUUUUGCAGUUUGCAGCAAAAAACAUUGGUCUCAACCCUGCACUAUUAACCUCGCCAAUGAACCCUCAGCAUAUGACGAUGUUGAACCAGCUCUAUCAGCUGCAGCUGGCAUACCAACGUUUACAAAUCCAGCAGCAGAUGUUACAGGCCCAGCGUAAUGUUUCCGGACCCAUGAGGCAGCAGGAACAGCAAGUUGCGCGCACAAUCACUAACCUGCAGCAGCAGAUCCAGCAGCACCAGCGCCAGCUGGCCCAGGCCCUGCUUGUGAAGCAGCCGCCGCCCCCGCCACCCCCGCCGCACCUGUCUCUGCAUCCCUCUGCAGGCAAAUCGGCCAUGGACAGCUUCCCCCCACACCCCCAGGCUCCCGGCCUCCCCGACCUGCAGACCAAAGAGCAGCAGUCUUCACCCAACACCUUCGCUCCGUACCCUCUUGUUGGACUGACCCCAAACAUGAAUGUAAACAGCGUGGACAUCACGGGCGGCUUGUCGGGGAAGGACCCGUCCCAGUCCCAGUCGCGCCUGCCUCAGUGGACUCACCCCAACCCCCUGGACACCUUAUCCAACGCUGCUUCUCCUCUGGACCAGAACCCCAGCAAGCACGGUGCUAUCCCUGGAGGUCUGAGCAUCGGGCCCCCAGCUAAGUCCUCCGUCGAUGACUCUUACGGCCGGUACGACUUAAUGCAGAGCAGCGAGUCACCAGCCAGUCCUCCUGUAGCUGUUCCCCACAGCUGGUCACGUGCCAAAUCAGACAGUGAUCAAAUCUCCAAUGGCUCCAGCAUUAACUGGCCCCCAGAAUUCCACCCUGGAGUACCAUGGAAAGGACUUCAGAACAUCGAUCCCGAAAAUGACCCCGACGUCACUCCCGGCAGUGUCCCCACGGGGCCAACAAUGAAUACCACCAUACAGGAUGUUAACCGCUACCUCCUCAAAAGUGGAGGUAAACUGUCAGACAUGAAGUCCACGUGGUCCUCCGGCCCAGCCUCUCACAGCCAGGCCUCCCUGUCUCAUGAACUAUGGAAGGUGCCCAGAAACACUACUGCACCCACCCGGCCCCCUCCAGGCCUAACCAACCCCAAGACCUCCUCCACCUGGGGAGCCAGCCCCCUCGGCUGGACCAGCUCCUACUCCUCAGGGUCUGCAUGGAGUACUGACACCUCCGGCAGAACCAGCAGCUGGCUCGUUCUUCGAAACCUCACACCCCAGAUCGACGGCUCCACGCUGCGGACGCUGUGUCUGCAGCACGGUCCCCUCGUCACUUUCCACCUGAACCUGACACAAGGCAACGCCGUGGUCCGCUACAGCUCCAAGGAGGAGGCAGCCAAGGCCCAGAAGUCCCUGCACAUGUGUGUGCUGGGAAACACUACCAUCCUGGCGGAGUUUGCAGGUGAAGAAGAAGUAAACCGAUUCCUGGCGCAGGGCCAAGCACUGCCCCCCACCUCCAGCUGGCAGUCCAGUUCGGGGAGCAGCCAGUCAAGGCUGGGCACCUCGGGCAGUGCCCACGGCCUGGUGCGCAGCGAUGCUGGCCACUGGAGUGCCCCAUGCCUGGGGGGUAAGGGGAGCAGCGACCUGCUAUGGGGCGGGGUGCCCCAGUACUCAAGCAGCCUGUGGGGCCCCCCCAGCACCGACGACGGCAGGGUCAUCGGCAGCCCCACCCCGCUCAACACCUUGCUUCCCGGAGACCUCCUCAGCGGGGAGUCCAUCUAG